AUGGAUAGUAAUAGUAUUAAUCUAGUAGAAGCACUUCAAGAAGCUGAAGAGAUGAUUGUUGAAAAUGAUUAUGUAAGUGCAAGGGACAAACUGAUUAAACUGCAGCAAAUUUAUCCUGGAAUGGACCAAAUUGGGUCACUUUUGAAACUCUGUGAAGUUCUCUCUGCAGCCAGGUUUAGGCUUAGUGGUGGUUGUGAUGUUGAUCACUAUUGGGUCCUUCAGGUCCCACCUUCAUCAACGUUUUCUGAUGUUGAAAAUCGUUACAAAAACAUCCUUGAGGCACUGCAGGCUUUGAGGAGAAAGAAAUUCCCUGGUGCUGAAUUGGCUGUGGAGCUUGUGGAAAAAGCAUUUGCGGUUCUUUCCCAAAGCGAGAGUCGUGGGAAAUUCGACUUGGAGAGAAGUACUACUAGUAGGGAAUUAGGUUAUAGAAUGGUAUCUUUGGAUUUAAUUUCUGGUGAUGAGAACAAGAAACUGGAGAUUUCAGAGCCUCUGUUGCAUACAAAUUCUGUGGACAACUUUCCAUCCCGGGACUAUUAUAAUUUUGAGAGUGAUAGGAGGGCUGAAAAAAUUGAGGCAGGCCAGAUUUGGGCUGCUAAUUUUAAAGGAAGUUCGCGGCAUAAUUAUCGGUACAUGCUAGUGUAUCUCACCUCAGAAGAAGAAGCGGUUUGGGUGACAUGGCUGAAACCAAUCCCCAUUUCUGCUAGUGAGAGGAGAUGGUGUGAUGCAGGCUUGCCUGUUUCAUGUGGGUCAUUUGGUUUGGUGAUGGGGAUGACUUCUGAGGUGAUCUUGUCAACGAUUUUGUCACACAAGUGCUCUUGGGUACACGGGGUUGUGGAGGAUCAAUUUGAGAUAUACCCGAGAAAAGGCGAGAUUUGGGCAAUCUACAACAAUUGGAAUAUCGAUGAAUGGGCCUAUUAUAGCUUGGAAACCCUGGAAGAUUGUGAGUUUGAGUUGGUGGAGAUCAUGUCGGAUUUUUCAAAGUACACUGGUGCAGAAUGCGCAUAUUUGGCAAAGGUGGAGGGUUUCAAGUGCGUCUUUGAGAGAAAAAGGAUUGGAGGGAGUGCUAAUACUCCGGUCACGAUUCAAAUAAGCCCGGGAAUGUUCUACAUGUUUUCACACAAAGUCCCUGCAUACAGAUUUGUGGGUGGAGAGAUUGAUGGAGUUGUUGAAGGGAUGUUUGAGCUAGACCAAUUAGCCUUGCCAGAUUACAUGAUCAGUGGCAUUAACACCGAAAAAACAUUGGAAACUGAGAAUGUGAGCAAGUUUUCUUGCACCACUAGUCGUCCUAUAGAUCUCUCUUCCUUUGAUCCCCGAUGGUCUGCAAAUGACUUUUGCGGAGGCCAGAUAUGGGCUGUGUGUUGUGGAAAGGACUUUAUGCCUCGGCAGUACACACGAAUAGAUGAUGUGAUUUCAGAGAGCCAAGUGCGUGUGACACUCUUGGAACCCCUACUGAUGGUUGACACUGAUAUUGAGUGGAACCUGACGUGCGGGAUCUUUAAAGCUGGUGAGACCAGUGUGAAAAUUGGUAUCUCGUGGUUUUCCUAUUUAGUCCAGCACCAACGCAGGGGGGAAUAUUACGAAAUAUGGCCAUUGAAAGGCGAGAUUUGGGCUGUGUACAAGGACUGGAAUGGCAAGUGGAAGCGGCAUGAUCACGACUCUUGCCGGGGCCAGGUUGUCCAAGUUCUAUCAGACUUGACAGAAGGAGAUGGUGGGAUGAUAAGAAUAGCUAGACUUGAGCAGGUGAAGGACUAUUUGACUUUCUUCCAGGGGAAGCAAUGUGAUGGUUUUGAUCUGACCAGUGUAGUUUCCAAGGCGGAGACACUUAGUUUCUCUCACCGAAUCCCGGCUUUCAGAGUGCCAGGUAUUGGGAAGCAUGGCAUCCCAGAAAGCGCUUGGCACUUGGAACCAAAUGCUUUGCCUACCAGAGGAGGACAUUAG